AUGCUAGAGCAAGUUGCCAGAAAGUGGAUUGUUUCACACAGGCCUAAGAUGCAGCUGUUUAUUAUGUUGGCAUAUUUGUUCCAAGGAAUCAGAUAUUCAGAAGAAUUCAUAAAAUGGAACACUAAAUAUGGAGAAGAAAUGCUAAAGAAGAUCACUGUGGAUCCAGAAUGCUUUAUGAAUGUUACUGAAAUUAUCAGGUAUCAUGGAUACCCCAGUGAGGAAUAUGAAGUUACAACAGAAGAUGGGUAUAUCCUUAGCGUUAACAGAAUUCCUGGUGGGAAGAACAGUGGGAACACAGGGCAAAAGCCAGUAGUGUUUUUGCAACAUCCACUCCUAGGAGAUGCUACCAGUUGGAUUUCAAACCUGGCCAGCAACAGCCUGGGCUUCAUACUAGCAGAUGCUGGCUUUGAUGUUUGGAUGGGAAAUGGCAGAGGGAACACUUGGUCUACAAAACACAAGACACUUAAACCUGACCAGCAGAAGUUCUGGGAGUUCAGUUUUGAUGAGAUGGGUAAAUAUGACAUUCCAGCAGUUCUCUACUUUGCCAUGAAUAAAACGGGACAAAAGCAGCUGUACUAUGUUGCCCAUUCAGAAGGCACGACGUUAGGUUUUGUAGCAUUUUCCAUUAGGCCAGACUUGGCUCAAAGAAUAAAAAUGUUCUUUGCCUUGGGGCCAGUAGCCACAAUUACAUUUGCCAAAAGCCCUAUGGUACAGCUUGGGAGGCUUCCUGAAAUACUACUCAAGACUGUAUUAGGAACUAAAGGACUCUUUCAUCAGAAUAAACAUAUGAAAAAGCCUGUUACCCUAUUGUGUACCACGCUGGAUAAGUUUUGUGCAUGUUUCCUCUUUUUGCUGGCUGGGUGUAAUGAGCAAAAUUUAAAUAUGAGUCGGAUAGCCAUGUACAUCGGACAUAUACCUGCUGGAACAUCUGUACAGAAUAUCUUACAUUGGCGCCAGGUAUUGUAUUCAAAGCAAUUGCAAGCUUAUGACUAUGGCUGUAAGGAAAAGAAUAUGGAGAAAUACAAUCAGACUACUCCUCCUAUAUACAAGAUAGAAGAACUGAAAAUGCCCAUUGCUGUUUGGAGCGGUGGACAUGACUUGUUUGCAGACCCAAAGGACAUAGCCGCAUUACUUGGUCGAAUUACUAAUCUCGUUUACCAUAAGCAUUUUCCUGAAUGGCAACAUCUAGAUUUUAUCUGGGGUCUUGAUGCAGCUAAGCGCAUGUAUGUGAAAAUCAUUGAGCUGAUGAAGAAGUAUCCCUGAAGCCACACAGUGAUUCCUGAGGUUGAAUGAUUUGAUCCUUCUAUUGUGCUCAGCAAUAGGGAUGGUUUUCUUUCUUUAAAGUUAUUAAUCAUGGGAUUAGUAAAGGCUUUAUGGUGACUGGCUUGUAUUUUACUACAUUUGUCACUCUACUGUAUUUUCCAACCUGCUGGUGAAUUUCAAUAAAUAGGGAACUACCUCAGGAAGCUGAGAUACAUUUCCAAGAGGAAUCUGUUUUGAAGCUACAAAAGCAGUCAUGUACAUAUCCCAUGCAAUACUGCAGGGGAUCGCUUUCUUUGAAAUGUUUUCAUCUCUGCCAUAUAGUCUUAUCAGUGGGUGAUUCAUGACAAUCAUCCAGUUCCAGACAAUAGCAUUUCUUUCAUCACUUUUAAAAAGCAUGUUUUUUAGUGGAAAGCUUUUAAAGAGAUUGUGAAAGUUCUUAGGUUAAAAAAAAAUUGACUUUGGCACUUGAGAAUGAUUCCCUUCAUAGCCUCUGGUGAACUUACUCAACUUCUCUUUCAAGUUUCCUAUAUGCAAAAUGGGAAUAAUAGCCUACCUUGUAGGGAUGUAGUGAGAAUUAAUUUGUUAAUGUUUGUAAAGCACUUUAGAGAUCAAAAGAUCACAAGUGCUAAUUUUUAUUAGCUCACACUGAAAGAUUUUAUUUCAGCUUUCCAGGUAUUCAUAAACUUUUCCAUCCAAUCCACCCUGGAGCAAGAGUCAUGCUAAAAAUUCAGAUACUCUAUUUCCAUGAGCAGCUUUGAUGUGGUAAUUACUAACCAGUAGGCACAAACUGAAAUAUGUGUUACUGUUUAGGCUUAGCUAACUACCAGGAGUGAGUUCCUUUAGUCAGUAAUGCAGCUGCAAGCAAGCUGUGAGCAGACUCAGCUGUUUGGUGCUUU